AUGGCUUCAAAUUACCGGAAACCAGCUUCCUCUUCGAGCCAAAAGAAAAAGUCAAGCUCCAAACUUGAACUUACCGAGGAGCAAAGACAAGAAAUUAAGGAGGCUUUUGAUCUUUUCGACACAGACGGAACUGGAACAAUAGAUGUUAAAGAACUUAAGGUCGCCAUGAGAGCUCUGGGCUUUGAACCAAAGAAAGAAGAAAUUAAGAAGAUGGUUGCAGACGUAGUUAAAGAUGGAUCUGGAACUAUAGAUUUUGGGGAAUUUCUCAGCAUAAUGACACUAAAAAUGAAUGAAAAGGACUCCAAGGAGGAAAUACUGAAGGCUUUCCGGCUGUUUGACGAUGACUGCACAGGAAAAAUCUCCUUCAAAAAUCUAAAGAGAGUCGCCAAGGAGUUGGGAGAAAACCUCACAGACGAUGAGCUGCAGUCAUCUUUUAAAAUGGCUUCAAAUUACCGGAAACCAGCUUCCUCUUCGAGCCAAAAGAAAAAGUCAAGCUCCAAACUUGAACUUACCGAGGAGCAAAGACAAGAAAUUAAGGAGGCUUUUGAUCUUUUCGACACAGACGGAACUGGAACAAUAGAUGUUAAAGAACUUAAGGUCGCCAUGAGAGCUCUGGGUUUUGAACCAAAGAAAGAAGAAAUUAAGAAGAUGGUUGCAGACGUAGUUAAAGAUGGAUCUGGAACUAUAGAUUUUGGGGAGUUUCUCAGUAUAAUGACACUAAAAAUGAAUGAAAAGGACUCCAAGGAGGAAAUACUGAAGGCUUUCCGGCUGUUUGAUGAUGACUGCACAGGAAAAAUCUCCUUCAAAAAUCUAAAGAGAGUCGCUAAGGAGUUGGGAGAAAACCUCACAGAUGAUGAGCUGCAGGAAAUGAUAGAUGAGGCAGACCAGGAUGGCGACGGUGAGGUUAAUGAGCAGGAGUUUCUACGGAUAAUGAAGAAGACCAACCUGUAUUGAAGCUUUUCUUCGAUCUUCUCUAUGAACCGUUUGCUGAGUAGCCAGACAGAUGUUUUCUUUGUAAAUAAAUGUUUUCUUAUACGUAAUCUUUUCAGUUUUUUACUACAAGAGAAAUAAAUAUAUUUCAUUAUAACUGAUCUAUCUCCUGUUGUUUGUUUUUUUUACCUUCAUCUCAAAACUGAGCUUUUAAUUGCGUUGAAAAACCGUGUUAAAGUCGGGUUUUAUACCGAAAGCAGUUUCUUACUCGAGCUGUGCGGCAAAACAAAAGUAAAAACAAAGGAAGAGAAAGUUUUCGAAUGUUAUUUUGGUGCGGCGCUUUGUGUGAAAAGCGGCAGACAGACGGAGUGACUAAGUGUGUGUUGACUAAGUGGAGUUUUCUUACUGUAAACAGAAAUGAAAAGUGUGUUUGGCUGAUGAGUAACGCAGUAAAAGUCACUCUCACUUCGUGCUCUGACUGA